AUGUUGCUCAUCUUAAAAAAAAAANUUUUUUUUUUGUUGGUUUGGCUUAAAUUUGCAGAAUCAUUAUGGCUGAGUUCAGCAGUAUCAGUUUUUCUAGCAGUUGUGUUUGUUGGGAUAUGCUCAGUGAUGGCUAUUACUGCAAUAGUAAAAGGGGAAACCGUUAGUCCAAAAUUGGUUCCCCAAUUGGAUAAUGGAACUUCCUUUUUCGACCUUUUCACAGCAGUACCAGUAAUCGUGACAGCAUUUACAUUUCACUUCAAUGUUCAUGCAAUUGGAGUUGAGAUGGGGAAACCAGCUGAUAUGCUUUAUGCUGUCAAAAUAGCUUUAGCACUCUGUGCUGCAAUCUACUUCACCAUCGGCAUUUUCGGGUACCUUCUAUUUGGGGAAUCCACCAUGGAUGACAUUCUAGUGAACUUUGAUCAGAGUUCAGGUUCGGCCAUAAAUUCGUUGCUCAAUGAUUUGGUUCGACUGAGUUAUGCAUUCCAUCUAAUGCUGGUGUUUCCACUCUUGAACUUCUCCCUGAGGACAAAUAUUGAUGAAUUUCUGUUCAGUACUAAGAAGCCUGUUCUAGCAGCAGACAGCAAAAGAUUUUUGGUCCUCACUUUUGCUUUGUUAGCAUUGGCCUAUGCUGCAGCCAUAACCAUACCAAGUAUUUGGUAUUUCUUCCAGUUUGUGGGAUCAACUUCUGCAGUCUGCCUAGCAUUCAUAUUUCCUGGUGUCAUUGCAUUAAGAGAUAUUCAUGGUAUUUCUACAUCAAGGGACAAGAUCAUAGCAGCAAUCAUGAUAACUCUUGCAGUAAUUACAAGCACAAUAGCUAUUUCUACAAAUAUAUAUAAGUUUUUCAGAAAUACUUAAUAUUAUUCUUGAUAUGUGAGUUUCAUGUAUGCUCAUGUAAUCUUUUAUAUCGCGGUUUUGUAAAUUUUCUGUAUCAAUAUUUUCAAACUGAUAAGAGAAAUAAUACAGUUUAAGCAAAUUAAAGUUUUAAGUAUAA